CAUGGGCAACCGUGUUUAUAACCACGGAGAAAUCACAAGCAUCCGAAAAAUAGGAAUUUCAUUAUUUGAACUGAAACAAGUAAUUUGUAACCAGCCGAUUUUUUCACCCCGAUUAAUAAUCAGCUUCUCAGACGGUUGUAAAUUCGAAACGUUAUUCUUGCUAGUGAAAUUCUUACCGAACACUCACCAGAUCAUCGUACGUUAGCCGCUUUUCAAAUCGUUUUGAAACAAAUUGAAUGGUUGUAAACAUCGCGUUUACUACAGGCAGUCCUAGUUCAUGCGUUUGGAUCUAGUACACUAGGCAUUAACCAUCAAUUAGGGAUUUCCUAUUGCUUCCUAAUUUUGCUUCCAAAAGUACAUACAAACACCACACAUUCAUACUUCACAUGUGGCUCACCCUUGCUUGAUUUUGAUUCUCUCACAAUAUAUCUGAUUUUUUAGCUGACAACAGACACCUUGUCGAAAAGCUCCAAAGCAUUUUAAACUUCAAACCAGGUUCUAAAUUCUCUAGGUUUAAUUAGUUCUUCGAAAACUUUGCUAAUAUCAACCCUGAUCGAGCUCUCUUCACCAGAUUCACUCGUAGAUAGUUGCCUGCUGUAAACAUGAACGGGAAAGAUAUUUUUUCCAGAUUCCUACAUAUUAAGUAACCAACUGAGCCAGCAACAAUAACGGUAACCAAGAAUGAACGGGAAACAAUGGCUUCUGCCUCCCAAACAUGUUCACGUGCAUAAUCUCCAAAAUUUCUACACAGUACUAAUUCAUUAAUAUCUGAAAAACAACUAAAACACUGAAGCCAUGCAUGAAUGCAACGUAUGAAACAAUUACAAUGAAAUGAAUGCACUGACCUGGUGGAAAAAACUUUCAAAACAAACGAAAUAACUAAUUUUAACAGAAACGGAAACAAUAAUGAAGUGAAAUGCAACAUUUGUGAACAAUGUGCAUCAAGAUAAGUUGUGAAUAACUGCUGGGUAAACGGAAAAAACCAAUGUGUAAGCGAACAGCUACGGAACUGCAAUCCAUCAUGGCCGACUAAUAUGGAUGAAAAUGACCUUUGAGCGUCUCACUCCACCAAUGACCUUGUACUUGAUGUUUAAUUUCAGCCAAUUUGAUUCACACCAGCUGAUAGAAAAGGUAUUGGAUAUUGGACGUUGGUAGCAGUUUCGAAACUUUUCGUUACGGGUGGAAGAGGUGACUUAAGAAAAAGUACUCAAAAUUUUAGAUACCUACUCUCGGUACCAACUUUUGUGGUUUCGUUUCUAUACAAUAUGGACGAUGAAAUGAGCGUUUGUCGUUACAAUCCUUGUGAUACUCAUAUAAGUCAAACUGUGGAUGGUUCCGAUUUAGUAUCUGAAUUAUCUAUUGUUCGUGCACAGAAGUCUUCGAGUGAAUUCGCCCUGUCAUCUGCACAAAUCAAAUAUGAAUCUAAAAUGAAGCAUUUAAAGACUGAAAAAGAGAUCAUUGAAUCAGAAAAGAAUAGCCUGCUCAGUGAACACAAUUCUCUAAAACGAAAGUAUCAAUUAUUAGAAUUCGAAAGGAGCUGUGAUCAGACAAAGUUUACCAGUCUUCGAAGAACUCUUGAUGAUCGUAUGAAUUCAGUGCUUCAAUCAUCUAACGGUGUGGAAUCAUCACUGACUUCAGAAGCAGAACGCUUAAGAGAUGAAGUACUGAAAUAUGAAAAACAAAUUACUGAAUUACACAGUGCUCAUGCUAACCUUCAAGUAAGAGUUAAAGAAUUGGAGGCUUUACUUGAUUUACGUUCACAACGAUUGAAAGAAUUGGAAAUGUAUGUGGAGGAAAAAUCUGCAGAAUUGAAAGAGUUAGCAGAGUUGAAAUCAACUGUCUUUAAAUUAACUUCAGAGAAAACAGUUUUGGAGGAGCGACUUGCUGUUGAAUCGAAUCGAACCAAAAUGCCGGAAGGCUAUGAUCGAUUUGUAAGAGGUGCUGGUUAUGUAGCGAAAUUGGAAAUGGAACAUGAUCGAAUGAAAACAGCGUUUAAAACACUCAGUCAAGAACGUGCUAAAUGGCUUAUUACUGAAGAAGAAAAUUCAGAAUUACGUAAUCAAAUCGAAUUAUUAAAGAAGUGGCGUGAAAGAGCAUUAAUGGCUGAGAAUUCUCUUCUUGAAAAAGAAACUUUAAUGAACACUUUAGUGUCUAAAACCUGUUCACCUGGAUCAACUGAUAGUUCUUCAUCGCUCACACUACGAAAAUUAGAACGUGAAAAUGAGAUAUUACUUGCAGAACAAGGUGAACUCAGUGCAAAAAAUAAGGAGUUAUUGAAGACAAUAGAAGAAAGACAAAGUAGUGAAGCUGAUCUACAAAGUCAACUACAAUCUAUUUCCUAUCAAAUACAAGAAUUCAAACAAAUACAAACAAGAAGCAGUCAAAUUGUUCAACGUGUCGUUAAGGAAUAUAAUUUAUGCGAAAAUUUAUUGCAAAGUUAUUCACAACACGAAAGUGAUACAUUCAAUAUGCCAUCGGAGUAUUUAAAGUCAAUGUCUAAUUUAAAACAGUUAUUUGAAGAUUUCAAUCGAAGUUAUAAAGAUUGUACAAAUUGUCUAAAUGAUUUAUCAAAGUUAACAGAAAAAGGGAAGAAUGGAAAAUCCAACUAUAGUGAUUCAGUCAGUAAUGUUUCAUCAUCGAUUCAUUCAAUACAUGAAGAUGAUAGGGAGUUGGUCAGGAAAUUACGACAACAGAUAUCUGAAUUGGAAGAGAACAUUGAGACAUUGAAGAAUACAAAUGCUGAACUAGUUGACAAACUGGAUGUAUAUCAUAUGCGGGUUCUAGAAGAACGCAUUGUUCAUUUCACCCAAAAUCGAGAUCAACAAAAGGGGGAUACCAAUGUUACAAUGGAUUUAGAUGUUACAAAUGUUGUUGAAAGUCGACUACGUUCAAAUCCUGAUCCAUUAACUGAACUUGCAGAAACAAAAGAGCAACUUCGUAUAGAACGUUUACGCGGUGAUCGAUUAAUGGAGUUAUUCGAUAAAGCCAAGGCUAAGUAUCGUGCUUCCUGCCGUGAUCUGCUAGGAUAUCGGAUUAACAUUCAGUCUUGUGGAGAUUGUCAAGUGUGUCCUGUUUUUGCAGUUAGUGAGGAAGAUAACUUAUACUUUAAGAAAGUGGAUGGACAGUACGAACUAGUUGAAAAUAAAUUCAGUAAAUCUCUUCCAGAAGAUAUACAUCAAUAUCUGAAGGUGAAUCAUUCAAUUCCAGGAUUUUUAGCAUCAGUUACAUUGUAUUUUCUUCGAGAGAAUACAUUGUUAAUGUGAAACAUCAUCAGUGUUGUAUAAUAAUUUGUGUUGUACAUUCAGACCUUUUUUCUAUCUCCUAUAUUUUUCUUUUCUGUAUUAACGUUCUAUCACUUGUAAAUAAAUGCUGUAUUUGUAUUUGA